AUGACCUCGUCUCUCUCGCCAGCCCAGGCUCCAGUCGAGAAACCAUCACCUCCUCCCGUGGCUAUCCUCCCCGCGCAGGUCGCGCAAAUAUACUCGUUUGUGCAUCCAGCCCUUCUCCUCAGCUUAUACGCCUUUCGAUUUAAGGCAUUGGUAGCGGAGCCUGUGCAGGAACUUCUCGCAGAUCUCCCAUGGUUGGCCCUUCUGCAACUUUUAUACGUAAUCGUCUGCCUGCCCCCCGCCGGAUCAGCCCCGGCCGCAGAUAGCUCGGUACCAGAUAGCAAGGCGUCCGCUCGCUCGUCGUCAGGCCCCGGUGCUGUUCUUCGCUCCAGUAAACCGGGACUUCGGAAGAGGCACAGUGGUGGGAAGAACGAUUGGUCUCGAGUCUGGGCUAAGUUGAUGCCAACUUUCCUUUCUUUCGCUCUGACCUCGUUCCUUGCAACCCCUGUCCUUGCAAUCCUCCUUGUACUCUUCGGUGCUCCUCUGACUACCCAUAAUGUCGAGACGGUUCUCUGUGCAGCCCAUAUGGCUCUGUUGUCCGCCACCCCUCUGAUCUACGUGCACGGCGUGGACGGGGCAGUCUGGCGUGAGGUCUGGGGUAUCGCCAGGCCUGCAGAUGCUGUCUGGGGCAGUGCCCUAGGCACUGGACUGGGAGCCUGGUUUGGUGCCAUCCCGAUCCCACUGGAUUGGGACCGCCCAUGGCAGGCUUUCCCCAUUACUAUUCUGACCGGUGCUUACAUUGGGUAUGCACUAGGCUCGGUGAUCUCGCGAACCCCAUUCAUUUACGGGAAACGGAUCCAAUUCGUGCCAGAGGAGGACGACGAUGAGAAGAAAACCAAUUAA